CUCAAGCCUUGCCCAAAUCAAAACUCCAAGACACAGACACAAUGAGGGGCAAACGCGCAAAACAAUACCGGAAGCUCAUGCAGCAGUAUGGGCUAAGCUUUGGGUUUCGAGAACCGUACCAAGUUCUGCUGGACUCGGGAAUCAUUAGAGAUGCGGAUAGGUUCAAGAUGGAUUUGGUGGGCGGGCUGGAGAGGACUUUACAUGGACAGAUCAAGCCUAUGGUAACUCAAUGUUCGAUGCGACAUCUCUACAAGGCAAAAGACGAACCUGGUGUGUCCUACUUGAUCGACAAAGCGAAGACCUACGAACGAAGACGGUGCGGUCACCAUCCAGACGAGUUUCCGGAGCCUUUGAGCGAGAAAGAAUGUCUAUCUUCGGUUGUGGAUCCUAAAGGAAGCAAGCAUAACAAGAAUUGCUAUGUGGUUGCGAGUCAAGAUCUAGAGCUACGGAAGAAUAUGAGGACGGUUCUGGGAGUGCCGAUGGUUUACAUCAAUCGAAGUGUUAUGAUUAUGGAGCCAAUGGCUAGUACUACAGUGGACAAUAGGGAGAGGGAAGAGAAGGGGAAAUUCAGGGCAGGCUUGAAGAGAGCAAGCGGAAGUCUGAAGCGGAAGCGAGAGGAUGAGGAUAGAGAAGACCAUAACGAGAGCGUCACUGAGGAUCUUCCCAAGAAAAAGAAGAAGGUCAAGGGUCCUAAAGGUCCAAAUCCUCUAUCUGUCAUAAAACCAAAGAAGAAGACUGAGGGGGACGGUUUGGCUUCAAUCAAAGGGAAAGAGAGCAAGGAUCGCACUGAAAUCUUGCCAAGUCUGGGGAAAGAUGAAGCAUCAGAUCAGACCGCGAAACGAAAGCGAAAAAGGAAACCCAAAUCUGGUGGUGAUGGUGAAGGAUUGUCGGCAAUGUCAGAAGUGGCUGAUGAUGACGACUGAAUCCAUUGGAAGGCGUUUUGACAGCAUUGCAAUACGAAUGUCAGGAAUCGGAAUAAAUACCCAAUAAAGAAC